UUUAACAAUAUAAUUCGCCAAUUGUUUAAUCAUCGAGGCGAUAGGCAAAUUUUCUCAUGGCUCCUUCGGUAAGUUCCUAAUUUUCUUCGUGUCUCGCCAUCUAACGUCGCGGUACGUAAAUAUUUAGUGUCAAGCCGAGAAACGUCUAUUACGUCGAGGAAUUCGAAAAUUUAAACGGGCAAGUUUCGUAGUUAGUCGGAAUGCGUUAAAAGUGACAAGAUCCACGCGCGAAUCCCAAGGACGUGUUUUGUCGUGAAAAUAAUACCAGUAAUCAAGGAUUGCGAGAAACUUUAUACUGGAUUUCGGCGGGAGUACGACUGCGUUCAGCACAUUUUACAAACAUACAUCGUUCACGUCGUAAUUAUUCAAGAGCGCUGUAGGAACCAGCGGGGACAGGAUCCCAGCUUCUCCUUUGGGAAGAUAUCACGGUUAGAUCGAACGUGGAUCCUCGCAACAUGGCGACACGAAAUAGGAAUGUGCUACACGAAUUAUAAAACUGUCCAUUACAGAGAGUUUUAGAAACACAAAUGUUUGGUAUCACGAGAGCAACUCCUGAAUAAGAGUACCAUUCGCCAUUGGGACUGCACGACAAUAAGCAAGAUAUAACCAAGAAAACACGUCCUUACGUAUUGGAAGUAAAAUAACGUUACAAGGGAAUGAGAUGCAUUGAAAAAGGAGAUACAUGGUUCAUAUUUAGUUCUCACGAAACUGUUAUCAAUUUAUACAUUAUUUAUUUAGUAAUUAAUUAGUGAUAUAUAUUUAAUCAAUUAUAGUCUUCCCUGUUAUUUGUUAAUAUUCACAAAGAAAGAAACAGGGAAAGUACGUUUGAGUAUUCUAAUGAUAGUUGCAGAAUUGUCUGUGAAUUAAUUUUAUUUUAUACUUGGAUGUAGCAUAAAUCAAUGUAAAUAAUAUUCGGUAUAUCGAUAUGUUGUUAUAUGCAUAGUAAUUAGUAGCGUAGUCAGAGGAUAUAAAGUUUCUUACAGAUUUAAGUAGUAAAUUUUGUAGCAUUCUAUACAUUUAUUUUGACUAUGUAUCACGCUAUGUAUCCACCGCAAAUAAUGGUGCAGAUAAUGGGUGGCCAACAGGCAAAUGGACAGAGUCCGCCGGUUCAAACACAUGCAAUGCACCUUCACAGUACAAAUGCGUUCCAUCAGAACGAAUACACGAAGUAUCGUCCAGAUACUUGUUCACAGAAUAGACAUCAAAUGAUACAGACAGGAUCUUAUCCUUUGGAAUUAUUGCAACUGAUGGGUGUCGAAAUACCUUCUUUACGACGUAUAGACUACGUGCAGUCAAAUAAUAGCACGCCUUCAGGAAAUUGGCAAAGAUGUGCAAAUACCUCGACUAGUACGCCUAUUAUGCCAUCUCCACACCAUAAUUUUAGGCCAAACAGCAAUGGUUUGGUAAAAAAAUCGAAUUGGUAUAGUAAAAUUGGUAAAAGAACUUCGUUUAGAGAUUCGUUUGGAAACAAUGAAAAAUAUGGUAGCGAUAGCGGCUUCAGUUCUCGCUCUCCAACGCCAAAUAAAUAUCAAAUCGACAGUAGUCAAACAGAGAGUUCAGAUGAACGGGACUCUAUAAAUUCUUCCAUCGAUCAAAGCAUAAAGAAAUCGCACAAAGUACAUUCGAAUAAUGCUACAAAUAAUAGAAUAAUGCAAUAUGGUAUAAUUUCGUGCACUCCUCCACAUCAGUUUUAUCAGAAUCAAAGGCAAGUUAACUGUUAUCCCGCUACGAUGUCUACAUCUAGGUCUCAAGUACAAAAUUAUCAGAAUAAAAGAAGAUAUCCCUCAGGAAGAAAUAGUCCACCUCCACAGCGUUUACAACGAAGUAAAAAAUAUAUGGGACUGGUAUCGCCAAAUUAUAGUUCAUUCCCCAGAUAUGGAAUCGCGCCAGAUCGAUUCCUUGCUAGAUCACAUUUAGUCGAAGUAACUCACACACCAGAUGAACUACUCAAUGGAUCAAUUUGGGAUAAUCUAUCGAAAGACGUUUGGUCCAAGUUUAUGUUAAACCAACAGACUGAAACUGUUUAUAGAAACAAAAUGAUGCUCUGGAGAUACCUUUACAUUUACAUUAAGACUGCAUUUCCAAAAUACGGAUUAUUUUUGGUUGGAUCUACGAUGAAUGGUUUCGGAUCGGAUAACAGCGAUGUUGACAUGUGCCUUUUGGUAAGGCAUACAGAGAUGGAUCAAAGAAACGAAGCUGUUGGGCACUUGGAACAAAUACUGAAAUGUCUUAAUAGAUGUGGUUUUAUAGAACAGCUGGAACUUAUACAAGCAAAAGUACCGAUUCUGAAGUUUCACGAUUCCAUACAAAAUUUAGAAGUUGAUUUAAAUUGCAACAAUGCUGUAGGUAUUCGGAACACCCACUUGCUCUACUGUUAUUCUCGAAUUGAUUGGAGAGUGAGACCACUGGUACUUGUGAUCAAACUUUGGGCUCAAUCUCAAAAUAUUAACGAUGCCAAAAACAUGACCAUAUCGAGUUAUUCCUUGGUUCUUAUGGUUAUUCACUUUUUACAGUGUGGUGUCAAUCCACCGGUUUUACCUUGUUUACAUUCUCUUUACGAGGGAAAAUUCACACCGCACACGGACAUUCAUUGCAUAGAUAUCCAGGAAGAAUUGGACAUUCCAGCAUCUGUGCUUCGGCCGAGAAAUCAACAACCGUUGGGAGAUCUACUUGUAGAAUUUUUUAGAUAUUACGUCGUCUUCGAUUUCAAUAAAUACGCGAUAUCGGUCCGAUUGGCUAAUAAAAUACCGAUAGGGGAAUGUCGAAGGGCGCGAUCCUAUAAAAAUGAUCCACAUCAGUGGAAGUAUCUGUGCAUCGAAGAGCCAUUCGAUCUUACCAACACAGCAAGAUCGGUUUAUGAUCCCGAUGUGUUCGCUAGGAUCAAACAUGUAUUUGAUUGUACAUACCAGAAUUUGAAAGAACAUCACGACUUGGCCAGGAUAUUCGUCAAGAUUAAUACCGCUUCGCCCUAUAUCGUAACGUAACCACGGUUAACAAGCUAGUAUAGAAAUACUUGUUAUCUAGGAUAAUUUUAUAUUCGAGAGCAGUUUAUUUUUGCAAUCGGCCUCUUAUCAACAUAAACCGAGGCAACUCGACUGAUAUAUCCUUAACCACCGAUGUAUGAGACGAAAAAGUACAAUGGGGUAGUCUUCUACGCUUAUCUCGAGCUAACACGCUCAUAUCUUGUGAUAAUGGCCUGUGCUUCUAUAGCAAUGGCUCACUCGUUCCGUUCAUAAGAUCGAACACGUAUUUUUCUCGUUUUGUUUCUGUUCUUAUUUACAUUUUUUAUAAACGUGUAAAAGCCACUUAUUACAUGAUUUUUUAUAUGGAACAAAAAUGCAACUUCAUAAUCAAAAGAAAGAAAAAAAGAAAACGUUAAACGAGAUAUAUAAAUAUAUAUAGAAAGAGAGAGAGAGAAAUAUAUUCGUAAGUAUUCGAAAUUUUUCAUUGAAACACGCGGAAUACAGCGUACAAAAGGUUUUGGAAAGAACCCUAAAUAAAAUCAAGGGGUUCGUUAAUGAUAAACCUGCGCGAUUGCAACGCUUUGUUUCGUACGAACAUCAUUGAUUUACCUUAUUCAAAAUUUGUUCAAUUUGAUUUCGAUGUGUACUUUUCCACAAAAUUUUCUCAAACAUGAAAAUACGGUGCCUUAUCAUUGUGGGGCUGCAAUACACCCGUUAUUAAAUAUAUACGUGGCCCCCUCACUUAAAUACGAUAUAUUGAAGAAGAAAAAAAGAAAAAAAAAUAUCUUAGUAGAAUUUCAGUUCCUUUUGACAAUUACUCAUAGUAAAUAUUAAUAUUGUCGCCCAAGAAUAUUGGGAGAAGACCUAUUUCAACUCAAAAAUUCGAGAAUCACAUGUCAAUGAAUUUUCGUUAAAACGCCAAAAAAAAAAAAGAGGUACUUAUUCUUAAUUGAAACUUAUAGUGACCUUAAACUUACAUAUAAAAAGUACUAAAAAAAAAAAAGAAAGAAAGAACGAAAAAAAAUAAAAAACGUUUAAAAAAUGAAACAAAAAAUUAUUGUUCGAAAGAAAUAAGGGAAAAUUAAAAUAAAAUUCUAAUUAUAUGUAAAUCGACGAAACAUCGAGGUUUUCUCUUAAAUACACGUAUUUCACUUAAUUUAAAGAAAAAGAGCGAAAAGAAAAGAAAAAAAGAUUGAAGUAAAAUUAGUUUAUCAAAAACAAUUCACUGCUAUUUAUAUUUCAUGGUGAUUAUAUUUAGUUACCUAUAUCACGUGCCAAAGUAAAAAAUUAAUUUCGUCUUUCCAAUGUGAAGAAGAGAUUUUAUAAUACAUGCAGCCUGCUCGAUCUGUAUUUCGAAAAGAAGAGCAGGUUAGAUCAACAAUGCAUUUGAAAAUUUUAAGAAUAGACUGAACAAUACUCGGUUACGUAGUUACAUUUUGAACAAUUAUCGCCUAAAAUAGUUAUUUGCUAAAAUAUAAAAAAAAAAAAAGAAGUUCCUAAUUUCAAUAAUAAUCAGAAGUCUCUAGUUUGAUUUCGUUUCUAGUCUCGUUUCGACUAGUCUUUCGUUUGUCAUAAACACAAUGUAAUCUGUUAAAUAAUAUUUAGAAAACAAAAGGCUGUGUCUACAGUAUAAAAAUUAUUUAGUGCAAUAUUCUAUUUUUGGGCCUGUAUAAAUAGGUUACAACCGAACCGUCAUAAUUGUAGUUCGCAUAAAAAAAACUAUUACUUUCUUCAAUAUUAUUAUAACCUGUGUCAUCUCUAAACAGGCCCAACAUAUAUUUUUCUAAUUCAUUAUUUACUUAUUUUUGUAACAAAUGUAAAAGAUCUAACAAUUAUGUAUCUUCCUUCGCUCAAACUGGACAUCUUUAUUAUCUUCCUCCUUCCAUUUUUUGUCAAUUCGAUGCAUAUGUAACGCUAAAUUUUAAUAUAACUGUACCAAACUUUUGUAAUUUUCAUUUUGCUGUUAAAUAAAAAAUAUUUAUAUACGUCCAAA